AUGAUAUCUAAUCACACUUUGCUAUUAACUAACUAAUAAUGUUUGAAAAUCAGACAAUAUUUGAUCAAAACAACACUUGUUUUUUGCUAUUAUAAUGUUUUCAAGUAUUGAUAAAUCAUAUGCUUUUCAAUUAUCAUUUAAAACAAUGUUAAAACAUCUCAAAUAAUACAAACAUUUAUAAUUUCCGAUGAAAAAUAUGGCAAACAAUUAUUGAUAACAAUAUUCACCACAUAUUUAUAUUUAUGGACAUGUAUAGUGUUUGCAAAAGAUCUCAUUUAUUAUAUAAAGCGAACAACACUUUAAAUUUUAUAUCAAUAAUGAGUUCAUGUCUUUCACUGGAUUUACUAUCCGUUAAACAACAAGAAGUGACAAUUAAGUCAUGGAGUCGACAGCACUCGCACUCUAUAUCCGAAGGGAUCACAAAUCAAACGUACACUCAAAGUGAUUCUUAUGACUUUAGUUAUAAAGAGGCGAUAAAAGCAUUGAAUGGAUUGCAAACUAACGCUCAAACAAUUGCACAGUCGGUUCAAUUGCAAAGAGAAAGAGGAAGCAAUUCAAGUAAUUCAUUGGAUAAAACCAUAUAUUUUCUAUCGCUGUUAGACAUCAAACUCGAAGAUCUUAAUCGAUUGAAUGUCAUUCAUGUUUCGGGAACUAAAGGUAAGGGAUCGACGUGUGCUUUCGUGGACAGCAUUUUGAGACAAUAUGGUUAUCGGACGGGAUUUUAUUCAUCACCACAUUUGGUCGCUGCCAGAGAACGCAUCCGAAUAAAUGGAGAACCGCUUAACAAAAGACAAUUUGCAAAUUAUUUUUGGUCCGUUUAUAAGACAAUUGAACGAAGAAAGGAUGAAACCAUAGGAAUGCCUCCGUAUUUCAAUUUUUUAACAGUUAUGGCAUUUCAUGUAUUUCUUCACGAGAAUAUUGACGCCACUGUUCUUGAAGUGGGAAUCGGUGGACAAUUUGAUUGUACUAAUGUAGUACCAGAGCCUAUAGUGACUGGUGUGACCUCAUUAGGUCUCGAUCACUGCCAGUUAUUGGGCAAUACUAUAGAUCAGAUAGCAUGGCAUAAAUCAGGUAUUUUUAAACCAUCGACUCCGGCCUUCACUGUUGAACAACCACUCGCAGCGAUGAAAGUAUUAAAGAGUAGGUCUCAAGAAAAAAAGUGCUCACUUUAUGUCUGUCCUUUACUAUCACUUUAUCCGCAUUCAGUUCCAGUUAAUCUGGGAAUCAAAGGAGAUUGUCAAAGAUUGAAUGCUUCUUUAGCAUUGCAAUUGGCUAACACAUGGCUUAAUAAAGAUAACGAUAAAUAUCACAUUCAGAAUUUGAUCACAAAAGACGGCACAUUUGCCGAUAUAUUUCCAUUAAAUAGAAAGCAAUUAUUGGGAUUAUCGUCGUGUGUUUGGCCGGGAAGGUGUCAAAUAUUACGCCAAAACAAUUGCAUUUAUUUCUUAGACGGCGCUCAUACUUAUGAAUCUCUGGCCAAUUGUAGUAAAUGGUUUUGGGAAGAAUCACAGAAAUUGUUGACAUCUAACAGAUUGGUUAGAGUUUUGUUAUUCAAUUGUACGGGCGAUCGGCCAACUGAGACAUUGAUGAAAGCAAUUGACGCCAAGUUUGAUAUCGCAAUCUUCUGUCCAAACAAAGUGGACAACAAUAAAGACUUUACAUCAGACAAUAGCAACUUUACGGUUACUUCGCAAAAACAAAUGGAUAUUUGUAAUACUAAUGCAAAAAUUUGGGCCAAAUAUAAUGAGAAAACAUUGAUUGCUAUUCAUUCAUGUAUUACUGAUGCCAUCAAAUAUAUCAUCGAUAAAACUCAGAAACAAAAAGCACUUCCCGUUCAUAUAUUAGUCACUGGAAGUGUUCAUCUCGUGGGAAAUGUAUUAGCAGUCAUUGAUUCUGAUAUGAGCUCUUUGAAGAGCUAAUUAUUGCUCAAUAUUUUAAUAAUUAACAUAUUUUUAUAGUAUUUUUCUAUUGUUGAAUCAAUGAUAUAUAUUAUUAAUAACAACUUUUAUUAUUACGGUAAAUUGUUU